CUAACUAAAUAGUGUAUGUAUACAGGAUUGAUUGUGUACCAAUCAAAAUUUAAAACAAAUAAUAUUAAUUAAUUAAAUAAACAAGGUAUUUAAGUAAUUUGAUAAAUAACUUUCUCAAAUACUUUCUAUAAUCAUGCUAAUUAUAUUGACUUUUAACAUAAUAAAUCUCAAAUAUCUCUUAAACGCUUAACAAUCUCAUGUCUUAUUCUGCUUUCUCAUUUUCAUUUUCAAAAAUCAUUGGUUAACCAUACCUCCUCAUAUAUUUGAUGAACAUCUUCUUUGUCUCAUCCGACCUAGCCAUCAAAAAGUCUAUGAAGAAGAACAUUCAUUUAUCGUCGCUACAGUGAACGCCAUUGCCAGAGAUCGGAGUGAGUGUCAUAGCAGCCUUCACUGGAGUUAGCGUUGUUGCUGCCUUCCCGUAUCUCUCCAACGCCAAGAAUUCUUAAUCGAAUAACAGAGACUAGAGUGAGCGUCAUAUUCGCCUCUCAUAUUCACCGGCUGCCAAGAUCUUGUCAAUGAAAUCAUUUGACUAUGGCAGGCUUUAUCUCACGUCGAUGGCGAUGAUGAUUUUGGUGGUGGUAAUCGGCCCAUGUAUUUAUCCUCCACACCGGUCAUGCCUCCACAGAGAAAGAAAGCUGUGGAAAAUGCCGAUAUGUGCUUGUGGAAAUCGUGAUCUAGCCAUCGUCACUUCCUGGUCAGAUCUCAACCCUAGAAGGCGAUUUUGGUCUUGUCUUCGUAAUGAGAGAAGGUGUGGUUGGAUUGGGUGGUUUGAUGAGCCGAUGUGCCCUAGAUCGGUGGAAGUGAUGCCUGGGUUAAUCAGGUCUAUGAACAAGCUCCAAGAAUCUCUUCAACAAGCUACACUGCAAGCUAGGAUGUAUAAGUUAUUCAUUCUCUUCAGUUGGGGUCUUUUUGCAAUUCAUUACUUGAAGUAGUGUCUGAAUGCAAGAAGUAGUGUCAUAGUCAUAGGGUUAAUGUACUAGUGGUCUUAUUUUGAGUCUGAAGACAGGUAAAUUGUAGCAUGGUUUAUGUAAUGUUUGUGUCUUUUUUGAGUUUGACAGCAGUAAAUUAUGUUAUGGUUAAUUUUGUCUUAAUGUUAUAGUC